GCUUCGAGAAAGAGCUGUUUAUCAGAGCCCGGAGUCUAUAAAAACCAGCAACGCAAAAAUUUGAUUCAGAAGUUUUGUGUGAAAGGUCUUAGUGACAAUGACCUCAUACACCGAUAAAGGGAGAAGGCCUGUUAACGGAAAAUUUUUAGCAUUUGAUCAUCUCACCUUCUACGUCGGAAACGCUAAACAGGCUGCAACAUAUUACAUUACGCGGUUGGGAUUCCAGCCAAUUGCGUACAAAGGUUUGGAAACAGGAGAAAGGAAAUACGCCUCUUACGUUGUUCGCCAAAACGAGAUAACAUUCAUUUUUAAAUCUGCCUAUGAAGCAAGCGAAACCGAAUUCAGUGAACAUCUGGUGAAACACGGAGACGCAGUGAAAGAUAUAGCAUUUACUGUAAAAUGUUUGGACGGAAUAGUUAAGAGAGCUGAAGAGAAAGGCGCGAAAAUUAUUUGUGAUAUUUGGGAAGAGUCCGAUUUUAAUGGGACAGUAAGGUUUGCUACUAUCCAAACGUACGGUGAUACGGUACACACAUUUGUCGAUAGAACAUUUUACAAUGGAUUAUUUUUACCUGGAUAUGUCCACAUUCCGGAAGAUAUUUUGGGCAAACAACUACCUCCGGUAAAAUUGGACUUCAUAGACCACGUCGUUGGAAAUCAACCAGAUGGUCAAAUGGAGUCUGUAGCAAAAUGGUACGAAACGAUACUGCAGUUCCAUCGAUUUUGGUCAGUCGACGAUUCUCAACUCCACACGGAAUAUUCAGCGUUAAGGUCAAUAGUAAUGUGCAACUGGGAAGAGAAUGUUAAGUUGCCAAUAAAUGAACCCGCCCCAGGAAAGAAGAAAAGUCAAAUACAGGAAUACGUCGAUUAUUACGGUGGCGCAGGAGUACAACACAUCGCGCUAAACACUCAAGACAUCAUAUCUGCUGUGAAACACCUGAAGGCAAGAGGGCUGGAGUUUUUAGAAGUGCCAGACAGUUAUUACGAUAUUCUAAAGGAAAAACUCAAAGACAAUAGCGUAAAGAUCGACGAAGAUAUGAAAAUUUUGCAGGAAUUAAAAAUCCUCAUCGAUUAUGAUGAAAACGGGUAUCUGCUGCAAAUAUUCACGAAAAAUAUGCAGGACCGUCCAACGCUGUUCAUCGAGGUGAUACAAAGGAAAAACCAUAACGGGUUUGGCGCUGGCAAUUUUAAAGCUCUGUUCCAAGCAAUUGAAAUAGAGCAAGCAAAAAGAGGAAAUCUGUAAACAUAAAACAACAGAAAAGACAACAAAAGACACCUUGAUUAUUCUUUAAUAAGAUGUGUAAAGUUGUUAUGAUAAGAUGCUGAGUUAGACCUUAAUUUAGAAAUAAGUAACAUAAAAUAAAUAAUAAAUAAGUAAUAUAAAA